UAAACUAGUCCGUGAAAUUUGUCAGUUUACUUUAGAAUCUACAAUUUAUAUAUUUAAAAAUUAAAAUGAUUAAAAUAUUUUUACCAAUUGUUUGCUUAAUAUUAACGGCAACUUAUGCUGAAAAACCAAACUGGUAUCCCAAUAAUCUUGAUGAAAUUGCAAAAAAAUGUCUUGAAGAAAAUCAACUAAAAAGCGACUAUGAUAAAGAUUUAAAAUAUCAUCAGUUCGAGGAUAAUACACAAGUACACAAUCUUUUCCUGUGCAAGGCUAAGGGUAUGAAUAUUUACAACGAGGACACUGGACUAAAUGUAGAUCGAUUGAUUUAUACUUUUUAUAAAAAAGAAAUGGAUUGUAUGAAACCCUCGGUGCAAGAUUGUGUUAACAAAUACAAAGAUUUAUCAUCAGCUGGAAAAAUGAUAUAUAAAGUGAUCUUUUGUAUUGUGGAAAAGGAAGAUCAGUUAUCGACAAGUGAUAAGUUUAAUAAAACUGAUUGUUCAUUUUAAACAAAAAUAACUGCUUAUUAAAAGUAACAUUUUAAUCUAUGUUAAAAAAAAAACAUACGAUCAGUGAAAA